CACUUAGAUCGGGUCACAAGGGAGGGCCUCUUUGAGCAGGUGACAUGUGAGCAGAAACCUGACGGGGAACCAGGGCUCAGAGGGAAGACCCGCAAAGCCCUUGAUGCCUCUGAGCACGGGGAAGCCAGCCGGGGCGGCUCAGGCUCCGUGCGUCAAGGGGAGACAGGAGCAGCAGGGCAGUCUCACCUGCGAUUCCAGAGUCUCGGAGGCUGCCGGAAAGGGCUGGUUUUCCCGAGGAUGAGGGAGCCUCACCCCUGGCACAGAGGCUUGGGGACAAUUCUCACUUCUGCCCUCUUUCUCCUGGGCUGCUGGGGACUCUCCGAUUUCCAGCAGCAAUUUCUUCAGGCUUUGGAGCCAGAGGAAGUGACUUCUUAUUUCGGUCCUGAAGCUACUUUAAAAGUGCCUCCGUUCCAUGUGGCCCCUCUCAGCUGCAUCUGUGAAGACGGGCCCCGGGGGCCUCCCUGCAGGACCCCGCGCUGCUCCCUGCACGCCUGGGGCCGGCGCAUCACCGUCUCCUUCCCGCCGGAGCGGAGCCUCCUGUCCGCGUCCUUCACCAGCGAGCACGUGCUGAACGCCUCCCUCCGCCUACUGAGGCGGCCGGCCCACCUCUGCUUCACGGGAGGCCGCCCCCUGCUGCCUCCGGGCGCCCGGGCUAGAGUCACUUACUGCUCCGGCGGCUUGGAGGGCGACAUCCUGGUGGGUGCGGACAGGUUCUAUGUCCAGCCAGUGAGGAAGCAGCACCAGGAGCUGGUGCCUCCCUGGGUUCGUGCCCAGCCCCACCUGAUCCAUAGGCCUGUCCCCAAGGUCCCCACAGUCCCCGAGGCCCCAGAAGUCAUCCAAGGACCUUCGCUGUCAGCCCCGCUUCCUCCCUCAACGGGCCGUCCUCCUUCCCCUCGCGUCCGGAGACGGGCUGCGGGGAGUGUCCUGCACUUGGAGCUGCUGGUGGCCGUGGGCCCCGAUGUCUAUCAGGCUCACCAGGAGGACACCGAGCGCUACGUGCUCACUAACCUCAACAUGGGGUCAGAGCUGCUGAGGGACCCAUCUCUGGGGGCUCAGUUCCGAGUACAUCUAGUGAAGAUGGUCAUCCUGACCCAGCCCGAGGAUGCGCCAAGCAUCACGGGCAACAUCACAGCGUCACUGCUGAGUGUCUGUGAGUGGAGCAGGACGGUCAACCCCGAGGACGACGCAGAUCCCGGGCACGCCGACCUGGUUCUCUACAUCACCAGGUUUGACCUGGAGUUACCAGAUGGUAACCGGCAGGUUCGAGGGGUCACCCAGCUGGGGGGUGCUUGCUCGUCCUCCUGGAGCUGCCUCAUCACUGAGGAUACUGGCUUUGACCUGGGGGUCACCAUCGCCCAUGAGAUCGCACACAGCUUGGGCGUGGAGCACGACGGUGCGCCCGGCAGUGGCUGCGGGCCCAGUGGCCACGUGAUGGCCUCCCAGGACGCCGUGCCCGCCCGUGGUGAUCUGUCCUGGUCCGCCUGCAGCCACCGGCAAGUGCUGCAGCUGCUCAGCGCAGGACGGGCGCACUGCCUGUUGGAUCUGCCGGGGCCGCAGGCCGGGACCGCGGGGCGCCCCCCACAGGCACAGCCGGGCCUCCUCUAUGGCGCAGACGAGCAGUGCCGUGUGGCCUUUGGUGCUAAGGCAGUGGCCUGCACCUUCGCCAGGGAGCACCUCGACAUGUGCCAGGCUCUGUCCUGCCACACGGACCCCCUGGACCAAAGCAGCUGUAGCCGCCUCCUCGUUCCUCUCCUGGAUGGGACAGAGUGCGGCACGCAGAAGUGGUGCUCCAAGGGUCACUGCCGCUCCCUGGCGGAGCUGAGCCCCGUGGGGGUGGUGCACGGGCACUGGUCUAGCUGGGGUCCCCCCAGCCCUUGCUCUCGCUCCUGCGGAGGAGGUGUGGUCACCCGGAGGAGGCACUGCAACAACCCCAGGCCUGCCUUUGGAGGGCGUGCGUGUGUGGGUGCUGACCUCCAGGCUGAGACGUGCAACACCCAGGCCUGUGAGAAGACCCAGCUGGAGUUCAUGGCCGAGCAGUGCUCCCAGACAGACAGGAAACCGCUGCACCUGUCCCCAGGCAAUGCCUCCUUCUACCGCUGGGGCCCCGCUGAGCAGUACAGUCAAGGGGACGCUCUGUGCAGACACAUGUGCCGGGCCAUUGGCGAGACCUUCAUUGUGAGGCGUGGGGACAGUUUCCUGGAUGGGACCCGGUGUGUGCCAAGUGGUCAGCGGGAGGACGGGACCCUGAGCCUGUGCGUGUCGGGCAGCUGCAGGACAUUCGGCUGUGACGGCAGGAUGGACUCCCCGCAGGUGCGAGACGUGUGUCAGGUGUGCGGAGGGGACAACAGCACGUGCCAGCCGCGGAACGGCUCUUUCACGGGCGGAAGGGCCAGAGAGUAUGUCACGUUCCUGACCGUGACCCGCAACCUGACCAGUGUACACGUCACCAACCGGAGGCCUCUCUUCACACACCUGGCCGUGCGGAUCCGAGGGCGCUACGUCGUGGCUGGGAAUUCCAGCAUCUCUCCCAGCACCACCUACCCCUCCCUCCUGGAGGACAGCCGUGUGGGGUACCGAGUGGCCCUCACCGAGGACCGGCUGCCUCUCCUGGAGGAGAUCCACAUUCAGGGACCCAGCCAGGAUGACGUGGAGAUCCAGGUUUACAGGCGCUACGGGGAGGAGUUUGGUGACCUUGCACGCCCAGACAUCACCUUCACCUACUUCCAGCCUAAGCGGCCACAGGCCUGGGCAUGGGCCGCCAUGCGGGGGUCCUGCUCCGUGAGCUGUGGGGCAGGGCUGCGCUGGGUGACCUACGGCUGUCUGGACCAGGCCAGGAACGAGUGGGCAGAGGCCGCCCGGUGCAAAGGGAGCCAGCAGCCUGCAGCCUGGCCAGAGUCCUGCGCCCCUGGGCCCUGCCCCCCACACUGGGCAGCCGGAGACUUCGGUGCGUGCAGCGUCUCCUGUGGGGGAGGCCUGCGGGAGAGGGCCGUGCACUGUGUGGAGGCCCAGGGGACCCUCCUGAGGCCACUGCCCCCUGCCCGGUGCAGAGCGCUGGCCCCAGAGCCGGCAGUGGUGGAAGCCUGCAACUCCCAGGCCUGCCCGGUGAGGCAGGAGGGCUCAGACGCGUGCUCGCCAGCCUGUGGAGCAGACCCGGCUUUGUGGAAUAGGACAUGUGUGCGCAGGGCAGAGGGCCCGGCCACCGCGGGACCCUGCCCCACAGACGAGAAGCUGCAUGCCCAGGAGCCCUGUGUGGCCACAUGUUCUUCAGAACCAAGCAAUCCAGACCCCCGGUCUCUGGAGGAGGAGGCCACAUCCCCACCGGGCGGCGCUGGGGUGGGGGCUCACGCCGCACACAUGUGGACUCCCCUGGCGGGGCCGUGCUCUGCCUCCUGCGGUCGAGGCCUGAGGGAGCUGCGUUUCGUGUGCAUGGACUCUGUCCUGGGGACCCCUGUCCAGGAAGAGCUCUGUGACCUGGGAAGCAAGCCUGGGAGUCGGCGGGAAGCCUGUCGGGCUGCCCCUUGCCCGGCUUGGUGGGAGACCCGAGCCUCGGCACCGUGCCCAGUGACCUGCGGACGGGGCUGGGUGCCACUGGCUAUUCGGUGCGUGAGGCUGGACCAAGGCCACCCUGUCCCCCUGCCUCCCUCCGAGUGCUGGCGGGUGCCCAGGCCCCGCCCCGUGCAGGACUGCAGCCGGAAACCCUGCCCUGCCAGGUGGAGGUAUGAGUUGGCGGCGUGCAGCGUGAGCUGCGGAGGAGGGUUUGCGCAGAGGCUGCUGUACUGUGCGCGGGCCCACGGGGAGGAUGAGGAUGAGGAGGUCCUGCCGGAUACCCAGUGCCAGGGGCUGCCUCGCCCGGAGCAGCGGGAGGCCUGCAGCCCAGAGCCCUGCCCGGCCAGGUGGAAAAUCAUGUCCCUUGGCCCGUGCUCAGCCAGCUGUGGCCUCGGCACUGCCACACGCUCCGUGGCCUGUGUGCGGCUCAGCCAAGGCCAGGAUGUGGAGGUGGAGGGGGCAGCCUGCUCGGCUCAGGUGCGGCCUCAGGCCAGCAUCCCUUGUGUCAUCACUGACUGCACCUACAGGUGGCAUGUCAGCUCCUGGACACAGUGCUCUGUCUCCUGCGGAGAUGGCACCCAGCACCGGCGUCACACCUGCAUUGGACCCCAGACCCAGGCACCCAUGCCCGCCGGCUUCUGCCAGCACUUGCCCAAGCCAGCCACUGUGCAGAGCUGCUGGGCCGGACCCUGCACCGGGCAGGGGACUCCCAGUCCGGCACCCCGCCGGGAAGCCGCUGCCGCAGACCUGGCCAUUGCUGGCGCUUCUCUGGAGUGGCCCCAGCCCCGGGCCCACCUCCUCUCCCCAGCUUCCCGGCCUCAGGGGCUCCUGCCUGGGCUCCAGGAAAGCCCAGCUGAGCCCAGCGCCUGCGGCCAGCAGCACCUUGAGCCGACAGGAACCAUUGACAUGCGAGGCCCAGGGCAGACUGACUGUGCCGUGGCCAUUGGGCGGCCGCUGGGUGAGGUGGUGACCCUUCAGGUCCUGGAGAGCUCCCUCAGCUGCAGGGCUGGGGACAUGCUGCUGCUUUGGGACAGGUUCACAUGGAGGAAGACGUGCGGGAAGCUGUCUGGCUCGACCUUCAGCUCCAAAACGAACACGCUGGUGGUGAGGCAGCGCCGCACGCGGCCUGAAGGCGGGGUUGUGCUGCGGUACGGGAGCCGGCCUGCCUCGGGAACCCCCCACAGAGACUGUGACGUGCAGCGCUUUGGACCCUCGGGUGAAAUCGUGAGCCCCUCGAAGAGUCCCGAUGGGAGCAACUCGGGGGGCUGCCGCAUCUUCAUUAACGUGGUCCCGCAGGCCCGGAUUGCCAUCCAUGCCCUGACCACUGACGUGGGCUCGGGAACCGGAGCCAGCUACAUCUCCAUCCGGGACACCCACAGCCUGAAGACGAUGACAUUCCGUGGGCAGCAGGCACUCUACUGGGAGUCAGAGGGAAGCCAGGCUGAGAUGGAGUUUAGCCAGGGCUUCCUGGAGGCGCAUGCCAGCCUGCGGGGCUGGUACUGGACCCUCCAAUCUAGGGUGCAGGAGCCUGGCCGGGCCGCGCUCUAGCUUCCUCUCCAAGGACAUUUCUCCAGGGACCUGUGGGCGCAGUGGGAUGCCUCCUCCAGGUUCUGGAAGAGACAGGAAGGAGGCUGACAUUUAUGAGCACCUGUUCGGUGCCCGGCGAACCCGAGGGUUGACUCUGGUCUCUGAGUGCUUUCCAGUUUGGAUCCCUCCAGUCUUAAGUAGCUCCUUCAGGGCCUUGGGAAGCAGGGACUGGACUCCCUGAAAAGGCCUCUCUGUACCAAUAAACGGAAUGUGCAGUCCGAGAA